UGUUUGUAUUGGAGUCGAUCGAGCAUUUUAACUUCUCAACACCUCAAGGCUUUAAUACAACAAGUGCUGAUAAUAAUGAAAGUUAUUUUACCAGUUAUUACAGUUAUUUUACAAACCUCAGCAAAAUGCUUCUUUGAGAACUGUGGUUGUUCUUGAAUUUCACACCCCUUCAUUUGGAACAGCAGGUACGUUACUCGGUUAUGUUGAGGAGGGGAAGAGGUGUCCUCACCCACAGGAAACAAUCUUCACAGUUGGACCAUCUGUCACAAUGCUGCAGGCUGUACUUUUCUGGCUUUUCCUGCUUCGAGUCCAGUCCAGUGUUCCUCCUGUGUUCGUCCAGAAAGGCAAAGACGUACUUCUGGAUGUCAACAAUGUGCCUGAAGACUUUACUAUAUUUGUAUGGAAACUGGAGAAAGAGAAUUCGAUUUUAGUCACGUUUUAUCCUGGCGGCAAUUCAAAAAUCUCUAAAGCUUACACUGGAAGGAUUGAUCACCCUGACAACAAGAAAUACUCUGUGAUACUGAAAAACCUACAAGAGACAGACAGUAGAGUUUAUACUGGACGACUGACAACAGACGAUGGCGACUCCACAUUAGUCCAACACAACAUCAUAGUUCAAGAUGUUGUGUCUCCCGUCCAGCUGGAGGUGAACUCUGUAUCAAACAGCUCACACUCCUGUAACGUCACUCUGACCUGCAGCACGGCCGACUCUCACAUCAGCAGCACUUUCAGAUGUAUCGAUCAAAAAUGUGAUCAGGAUGGAGGGAAUCAAUCAGAGAUCACAAACUCCAGCUCUACUCUGCAAGUCUACUUGUUGGAUGUUACAGUGAUCUGUAAACACAGAAACCAGGUCAGCUCGACUGAAGACAGGACGGAUAUUCAACAUGCCUGCUCCCAGCCGUUCGUUGAUAAACAGCCUCGUAAACAUGACAAGAUUUGGAUUGCUGUUGGAGUUUUUGUUUCCUUCGUAGCUGUUGGGAUUUUGGGAGCUUAUUUCUAUCGUAAGAGAAAUGCAGAUCAUGGUGUGAUACAAGAUAACACAGUCUACGCAGUUCCAGUGGUCACUUCCUCAUGUGCUGCUCAUGAUGCUUGCCUGUCCUCAAACAUCCUACUUUGGAUGAUGAACCUAAUCAGAAAACCGGUGUCCUGUCAAUCUGCCUGUUGCUAUGUGCCGCCUUAUGGUUGAAACUCCAGAAAGUCAAGCUGCGUCUCCAGAUACUGAUGAGACUUCAGGUCUUUCUCCAGUUUGCACCUACAGUGAGGUGGGGCCUCACAGCGGCCCGUCAGCUGCUGCUGAGACCAAAGACAAGCCUGUAAUUGAGAGUGUGUAUGCACAGGUACAGAAGCAUCCUGGACCAUGAAAAACCUUCUAUAGAUAUAUUAGAUUUUUUUGAGUUGAGGGCAAACCACAUUAACCCCACAUGCACACUUCAUGUUCAGUUUUAAUGCACCACAGUUGGGGAUUUGCAGGGCAGUGGGGGUUUGGCGGCUGGAGGAGUGGGUGGACCCCCCCCUCCAGGUGGGCCCCUCCCCCCUCUGAUCUUGCAGGAGACUCAGGAGCUUGUCCUUGCCUCCUGUCCCCUGGGUUCAGGAGAUUUUGAAAAUCUUCCUUCCACCUGAGGAUGAGGUUAGAGGAUGUCCUUCCUCGCUGAGCACAGCUCAGAUCAGGUGAAACAACACAGUCGAUGUUUGACUUGAGACCAAAGCAGCUCUGCUCCCAUGAACACUCACGAGCAUCUCUGUGUUCAAGCAGGAUGUUUGUUUUGGAUGAUGCAUGUGAAGGACAGAAGUAUAACAACAACUUGCUGCUUGGCUUCAGAUCGGUCCGGCCAUUCCUCCUCAUCACCCCCUCCCUGGUUCCGCAGUCGUUCGCAGAAGUUUUGUAUCUGCUGGGAAACAUUGAUGGUUGUUUUUUUUCUUUUUACUGUGCAAGAGUCCAUAUCAGGAAACAUCUGCAUUUCAGCCGUUUCUCUUCCUGUAUCUAACUUUGAGUAUAGAGAAGUGAAGUUGGACAUUUGGGGAGGUGAAGCUUGAGUGAGGUUUCCGGAACGGAAGAGAAGUUUAAAACCACUCCCCUUCACUCUUCUCACAGUAACAGAAAGAAACACCGUGUGCUGAAGCUUUCCUACAUCUUAUCUGAUAAAAUAUGCACUGUGUAGAAUAUGUUGUUUGAAUUUUAAUAUACAGCAUUUCAACACAAAGGCAGCAUGAUUGUUACAUUUUGGCCUGGCAUUAACAACUGUUAAAAAAAUGGAGUGAAAUAUUCUCUAAUAACAGAGAGUUAAUUUGACAGCAAAUGUCUUAAAAAAAUGUUUUGUCAACUUAGUUUUUUUACAUAAUUAUUUUGGAACUGCUUGUUAUUUUUUAGUGAAUGUGAUUCUGAGUUUUUGUUUAUUUCCUGCGUGUUUCUGCAGACGUGUCAUGCUGCAGUUAUGCAACGGGCUCCGUUAUAGAAACAGACGAUACAAGGCUUUGACCAAUAAGAACACAAGUUUAACAACAACUUAUAAAUCUAACAUUUAUCCAUCAGGGUCUCUGUGACUGAAACAGAUAAAACCUCCACCAACCUUGGAGAAAAGUAUUAGUUGAAUCAAAACUAAUUUUCAGGACGAGGGGACAGAGUUUAACCUGGGUGGGGCUUGAGAAUGUGAUGGAAAUGAAAGCUGCUAUGAAUGUCCUUUAAUAUUUCAACUAGAAAAUACUUGAACUGUUCCUCCAGUGUAGUGCCGUGGUCCAGUCUCAGGAGUGUAUCACUUCUUCAUUUGGCCAGUGGUGCUCUGGAGGUUACAGAAAUCUGUUUGGAGGUUUACAGGUUCAAAUGUGGCUUUUUGCUGCUUUUUGAGUUUCAUUGACUUUUCAUGACACAGUGAGGCCUGAUGACUUUACGGAAUGAUUUCCAUCACUGUGGAUCGAAGGCAGUGUUCGGGGGAAGCAUGGGGCGGGGCCAGGUUUCACCUUACUCAGUGUAUUUCAGCUCAACCGGAAUUGAGGGGAGAAAGAAAUAAAUAGCAUCAAACAGUCAAAGUGUUUCCAAACUCAGCCAAUAUGAGUGUAUAUAGAAUACAGAGGAAUUCUUCCCUUGGCUUCACAGGUUUGCUGUUAACCUUAUUCUAAAACUUUGUGUUGCUCCUGUUACUAAUUUCUCUUUCAAAAUGUGUGAAAGCAAUGCUCUUGUUUGUGAAUUCUAUUUUCAUACCGUUAUUUAAGUUUCUUUCUGCCAAUGCUUCAACUCAUUCGACACAGUAAUAAAAAGGUUGCUUUUCCCACUGAGUGUUUUUUUUCUAAUGUAACACCAGAGAUCCAAAGCAUGAAAUCAUGACAAAUGAGUAACAGUACAUUAUUUCAGGCUUAAUUAGGCUUUAUUGAAGUCAACAAAGUGCAGACUACAUACUUAUGAGGUGCAUGUUUAUUUUACAGGGGGUUUGGUGAUUGUGGCUCAUGCUGAUUUCCACUUUUUCAGAUAACAAUAAAAAGAAGAAAAAAACCCCUCAUACAAUCUGAUGAAUCUGAUGAAUUUUUCCAUGAAUGGCAACCAUUCAGAAGCCAACACACUUUUCUCAGUGUAAUAUUGUUUGUUUUUCACUGUUUGAACUUUAUCUUGGAUUCUUUUUUUAUUGUUAAAUUCCAUAUUUUCAUCAUAUUCUUCUCUUAUUUUGUGUUUAGCUUUUUUUCUGUUCACUUUAUGUCCUUUUCACUGCUGUCAUUCUGUAAAUUUCCCUGCUGUGGGACGAAUAAAGGAAAUCUGAAUCUGAAUUUUAGUUUCUCCAAUUGCAAUUUCCUCGAACAUAAUUUUAUUGAUUUAGUCAACCCUCUGAGGCAUCAUCAGUGAAAAUACAAGAAUGAUCAGUAUUAGAAAGAGCACUACUCACAAAGAUGUUUCCU